UGACAGAAACUAAGGAACGAAAGCGUGGAGAGACUCGUUGUAACUGCCCAGCUCGAAUGAGUGUGGUGAAACAUUUUGUAGAGAAGCACAAUCAUCCGCUCGCUACUCCUAGGAAGGUUCACUUGUUGAGAUCUCAUAGAGGUGUAUCAGCCACCAAAAGAGCGCUUGUCCAGGAGUACACGGAGGCAAAUAUACCCACAUGCAAACAAUGUGAUCUUAUUUAUGAUACGCCAUUUGAUUUUGAAGUAGGUGAAUCUUUGCAAGGCAGACGUGGUGCACUGAUGAAAAUAACAAGAGAACUAAUCGAUGAUGCAUCGUUGACUGAGGCGAGAAGCAAGUUUCUAAUGGAAAAGCUCAAAGGUUUGAAAUGG